AUGUGCAGGUUGCAAGAGCAAGUGCCGGCCUCCAGGUGUGAAAAGGUAGAAAUUGGAGGUUGCUCGGCUUUGUGUCUGAUUUUCGGUGUCUGUCUCGAUCCCUCGGAGGAACGCACCCCGCGCUGUGGCGGGAGCCCUGCAUCGCCCGGCGGGUCAGCUCUUCCCUCCUCCCGCUGGAUCCCGUGCCGGUGCCCCGCCCGCGUUCGCCGCGACGGCGCGGCGGCGGUGCCGCUCCGGCGCGGCGGGCCCGGAACCCUCGGCGCGGCGCGCGGUUUCCGCGGGCGGUUGGGGCAGGACCCGCUGGGCUAUUUCGCGGCCUACCGGCAGUCCACAGCUACCGACUCUCGGCAGCCGACGAGCCCCACGCCCGACGAGCGCCCUCGGGGGCGGCGCGCGCCCGCGGGCGGGCAGCCCGCGGGAGCCGCCCGCCUUCUCUACAACCCGUCAACAAGGAGAAUCGACCUCGGGACCGAGCCCGCGUCCUGCGCGCGCGCGCCCGAGGACGGGUGCGGGGGCCGCGGCGGCGGUCGAGGCGCCGGAAGCAACGCCGUGCCCGCCGAGACCUACAGCCCCGCCGAGAAGCGCGCCGCCACCGGCCGCCCGCCGUCGACCAUGGCCAUCAAGUGGUCCAACAUCUACGCAAGACACGCGAACGACCGCCUCCCCCGGCCGGCCGGCAAGGCCAAGUUCCUGCCGGACGAGGAGCAGCGAGCCCUCGGAUGCGAUGGUGAAAAAGAUGAUGAACCAGCUUCUGCUAAGAAACGUAAAGUAGACUCUGGAGAACAGGCGAAGAAGAAGAAGAAGAAGGUAAUAUUCCUGGAAGCUCAGAGGAACUCCUGCAGGACUGGCUCAUGGUCCCUGUACCAGAGCCUGGUGUCACCUGUGCCACCAGCUGGGCAGUCUGUUAGACUGGGCAGGAAGAGAUGCCACCAAGGACUAUGUGCCAUAGUUUGUGCAGCCACUGAAGACUAGCAGGACAUCACACCAAUACAUCCCAUGAGGCAUGAUGAGAUAGAAUAGCUGACUAAUAUUUGGGUUAAAUAUUUGGAAAUUCUUCCUGACCACAUGACUGGUGAGGCUGUUGGAAUAAUAGAAGGACCAUACCAUAUAACUUGAGGUAUUUAAACCAAGGUUCAUUUGAAUAUGAGCAA